AAAAAAGAAAAAUCCCCCAAUGGAUUUAAGUUAUAAUUUUGGGCCUCUGAAGCUGUAUCUGAGACUCCUAUCAUUAACUUGCAACUCUUAUUGUAGUAAUAACUGGCAUACUGGCAUUCUUUGUAGAUAAAGAGGAGAUUUAGCAGAAUAUUUUACUCCCACAAAUGAUUGAGAAUUAAAUGACAGUGUUAUUUUAUUAUAAUGAGAUUAUACUGCCUCAGUUUUUGCAGCGGCCAAAUGAACAACUCUGGGGUGCUCCUUUUAGCUACGGUUUCCGUCCAUGCGUCAAACCUACUGCCAAAUAUAAAGCUGCUGAUAGAUGGGAACGAUAUAUAACUGUGAGAAGUAAUGGGGGAUUGAAUCAGAUGCGCACAGGGAUAUCUGAUAUGGUGGCUGUGGCACGCAUAAUGAAUGCAACCCUAGUUAUUCCUCAACUGGACAAGCGUUCAUUCUGGCAAGAUACAAGUAUAUUUUCAGAUAUAUUUGAUGAACAGCAUUUCAUCACAACUUUACAAGAAGAUGUGAGGAUUGUGAAGGAGCUUCCUAAGGAAUUACAAUCCGUAACUCGAGCCAGGAAGCACUUCACUUUGUGGUCUAGUAUGGGCUAUUAUGAGGAGAUGACACAAUUAUGGAAGGAAUAUCAGGUGAUUCAUGUUCCAAAAUCAGAUUCUCGACUUGCAAACAAUGAUCUGCCCCUUGAUAUCCAGAGAUUGAGAUGCCGUGCUCUGUAUCAUUCUCUGCGCUUCUCUCCCCCAAUUGAGAAGCUGGGGAAGAAGCUGGUGGAACGGCUGAGAUUGCGUGCUGGAAGAUACAUUGCUCUUCAUCUGAGAUACGAGAAAGACAUGCUAUCUUUCACUGGAUGUACUUAUGGUCUUAGUCAUGCAGAAUCUGAGGAGCUGAGAAUAAUGAGGGAGAACACAAACCACUGGAAAAUAAAGAAGAUAAACUCAACCGAACAGAGGAUAGGAGGUUUCUGUCCACUAACUCCCAAGGAGGUUGGACUAUUUCUUCAAGCUCACGGUUAUCCUCCAUCAACAUUAAUUUAUAUAGCUGCGGGAGAAAUUUAUGGUGGUGACACUCACCUUUCGGAGCUCACUUCUUUUUUCCCAAAUGUAGUUUUCAAGGAAAACGUUGCAACCCAAGCAGAACUGAAAGAAUUUGCCAAGCAUGCAACUCAAACUGCCGCACUAGAUUAUAUCAUCUCGGUAGAGAGUGACGUAUUCAUUCCAUCAUAUUCUGGUAACAUGGCAAGAGCUGUUGAGGGGCAUCGCAGAUUUUUAGGCCACCGGAAGACACUCACUCCAGACAGGAAAGGUCUUGUGGAAAUAUUUGACAAGUUGGAAACUGGACAGCUUAAUGAAGGAUCGUCUUUGUCAUAUCUGGUGAUGCAAUUACACAAGCACAGGCAAGGAGCUCCCCGAAAAAGAGGAGGUGCUCCUCCUGGAAUCAAAGGCCGAGCACGGUUCAGAUACGAAGAAUCCUUUUACCAAAAUCCAUUCCCCGAAUGUAUAUGUGGUUCAAAAAAUAAAUUGAGAUGACAUGGUGACACCUACCUUCCAGCUUUAGAGAAAUGGGGGAAAGAGGACCUGGAGAUACCAUUUCAACUUGUUGUUCAAAUCUGAAAUCUUUCCGAGUCUAUGAAUGCCUGCCAUUAAAACAAAUGGUGAUGGCAUACCAAUAUUCAGAACCUGGGUUGGGAUUUUUGUAACUCUUGAAUCUUCCAUUAGUCAGGUCCUAUUAAGUUGUUGGAUGAAAAUACUCCAACUUGAAUACUGUAUUUAAUACAAGAGCAAUGCUACUUAGACUUAAAAUACCGACAUAAUUUUCUAAUUUAAUUAAUCAUUGUCAUUGAUUUAA